UCUCAACACGCAACAACGCCUCUCGCAAGAAUGGAGCAGCCACAGCCCGCGCCGGGCUCUCUGAGCUGGCGUUUGAGCUCGCAUCCAAUAACGCUUUUGACGUUUCUGGCGUUUCGAGUCUCGAGCCUCCUCGUCUACCUGUUCGGCCUGCUCUUCACAAACAACCUGGUCAUGAUCUUCAUCAUCACCAUCCUCCUCCUCGCCGCCGACUUCUACUACCUCAAGAACAUCGCGGGACGUCGACUGGUUGGACUGCGCUGGUGGAACGAGGUAGACCCAUCGACGGGCGACUCGCACUGGGUGUUCGAGAGCAGCGAGCCCGGAACCAAGGUCGUCAACCCCACUGACAGCCGCUUCUUCUGGAUCGCCAUCUACGCACAGCCUUGUUUCUGGAUCGCGCUGGCGCUCGUGGCCGUGCUGACGUUUAAGUUCAUUUGGCUGCCGCUUGUUGCCAUCGCUCUCGUGUUGACGAUCACCAACACUCUCGCGUUCUCGCGGUGCGAUAAGUUCAGCCAAGCGUCAAAUAUCGCCGGGAGCGCCUUUAGCGGAAGCAACCUUGCCGGAAGCAUUGCGACCAAUAUGGUCGGGAGGUUCUUCAGAUGAAACUUGUAGGCACGAGUUUGAUGACGCAACAGCGAACAGGAAGCGCGCCAAUCCCUUCUUUAUAGGAAAGACAUGGUAUCACUGGGGGUUCUGCGAAAACCAGGGCCGUUGCUCUCCAGGCUGUUCUCUAUGUUGUAGGGGCAAUCGGACUCGGGGGUACGCGAGCUUGAAGUUUGUAAAAUUAGGGGCCAGGGGCCAGGGGACAAGGAUCCGGCGUUCAGGCAUGAAGCUUAUUGAGAACGUUUCCCAUACCGCGUGUUUUUGAUUCCCGUGGUUCCCCUUUCGGACCGGUCGGUACUAGCGUCACUGCGGACGGAACGUACAGAGCCAAGUCACAGGUAGCGCAACUGACAAAGCUAGAC